AGUUGCCCGCAGAGCGACGGUGUGUCAGUGCGCCUAUUGUUGUCGCGCCUCUCUGUGGCGUUUCUCGUUCUAUUUUGGUCUUCUCUCCAGUUCUCGAGAGUCCCUCUUCCAGUCUCCAGCGAGAGGAAUUUGUCCUGUUCGCCCAUAGAUAGCUCGGACAACAGGAGAAUCUCGCCAUGGGUCUCAUAUGCUCGACGGCUCAGCUCGCGUGCUUGUGCGGAAGCACAGCUUGCAGCUUCUGCUGUUCUCAGUGUCCGUCGUGCAGGAACAGUACGAGCACUCGCAUCAUGUAUGCGCUGCUCCUGUUGCUGGGAACUAUUGCUGCCUGCAUCACUCUGGCUCCUGGUCUUCAGAGUGCUCUCAAAAAGGUCCCGUUCUGUUCAAACAGCAGCAAUUACGUCCCGUCCGAGUUUAUUGCUGACUGCAACUCCGCAGUCGGUUACUUGGCAGUCUACAGAAUAUGCUUCAUUCUCGCCUUGUACUUUUUCUUGAUGUCCAUAAUAAUGAUCAGGGUGAAAAGUUCACGGGAUCCGCGGGCAGCUAUACAAAAUGGAUUCUGGGCAAUCAAGUAUCUCUUGAUAAUUGGCGGGAUUGUUGGCGCCUUCUUCAUACCGGAAAGAUCAUUCGGAUCUACUUGGAUGUACUUUGGGAUGAUGGGAGGUUUCCUCUUUAUAAUUAUCCAGCUGAUUCUGAUCGUUGACUUCGCCCAUUCCUGGGCCGAUGCCUGGGUAGGAAAUUUCGAGACCACCGAGUCAAAAGGAUGGUACGCUGCACUGCUAGGUGCAACUUUCUUCAAUUAUGCCGUCUCUAUUACUGGAGUGGUGCUACUUUACGUAUAUUAUACACAUCAAAGUACGUGUGCCCUGAACAAGUUUUUCAUCUCGUUUAAUUUGAUUUUGUGUGUCAUUACCGGUAUCGUGUCAAUUUUACCGAAGGUACAGGACCAUCAGCCACGUUCCGGACUUCUUCAGUCCUCCGUGGUAACGUUAUACGUGGUGUACUUGACAUGGAGCGGUAUAUCAAAUAGCCCAGAUCACGAGUGUAAUCCUGGUUUCAUCCCUGGCCUCUCGAAUCAAAAUCGUAUCGCGUUCGAUAAGGAGAGCAUUAUUGGACUCAUAAUAUGGUUUAGCUGCGUUUUAUACAGUUCCUUACGCACAGCGUCCAAGUCGUCGAAGAUUACAAUGUCCGAAAAUGUAUUAGUUCAGGAUAACGGAGCUGUUAGGAAAGUUAGUACGGGAGAGCAGGCUCUUAUGGGCAAUCAAGUAGAAGGACGCAAUCCCGAUGCGGAGGGUGGGAGCGACGCCAAGGUUUGGGACAAUGAGGAAGACAAAGUGGCGUACAACUGGAGUUUCUUCCAUCUCAUGUUUGCCCUUGCCACUUUGUAUGUUAUGAUGACACUGACAAACUGGUAUAAACCGAACUCCAGCCUGGAUACAUUGAAUGCGAACCCUGCUUCAAUGUGGGUGAAGAUUAUCUCUUCGUGGAUGUGUUUGGGUCUUUAUGUAUGGUCGUUGGUAGCGCCUGUCGUUUUCCCGAAUAGAGAUUUCUCUUAAACUUCUGGAUUUAAUUGUAAGCCGAAAUCCAGGAGUUUAUAAAACAGACAUUUCUCUGCUUAUGAUCUAACAUUCAAAUGCUAAUUAGAAUUAUAUUUAAGCCAAAUAAUAUACAAUAUGAGAUAUCGCGUAUUAAAAUAUAUAUCUCUAAGAAGUAGGCAUUCUAUAUGCAAACGUUUGCUUUCCCAGUAACUACGUAUUUAACAUAGAUAUGUGCAGAAUGAACUGCAUGUAAUUUUAGUUACUAAACUUCUAUUAACUAAUUUUUAGAUUAUGUGCAAGACAGCUAUCAACUUAAUGAUGUGCUUUAUUCCAAGGAAUUAACAAUUGUAUCGUUAUCGUAUUGCUUUAUAUGUUAUAAGAAUCAGUUCUAUUAACGCCAUACAUAUAUAAUUAGAUGUGUAAAAUUACGGUAUAUAAAGUAUGAUAGGAAAAUUACGUAUUUAUAUCUCUAAUAUGAAAUUUAUGAUUAUUUUGAAAAAUUACUUCAGCAUCUAUUCGAUUUUCGUACUAUGCAACACGUUGCAUGUACUCAAAUAAUAUUGCUGUACCACUGAUGCAUUUAUAACUAGUUUAUAAUUGAUAAUUAACGCAUAUAGAUAUAUAUGCGUUAUUACAAUAUAUAUUAAUUGCAUAUAUAUAUUCCUAUCAAACAUAUGAACCCUAUUCAUAUAAAAUGGCAUAAUUGAAUACAUUAGAUGGUGCUGCUUAUUGAAAGUCGUAACAUUUAGAAAUUACUUUUGUUCAGAGGAUGAUUACAAGAUCUGUAUCUUAUUUAUUAAUACCCUUAUUUCAUACUCUUUCAAAUAUCGUUUCUUUCAGUUGUUAUUUUAUGCUUUUAUUUUCAGCUGAAAACAGCCUCAGUUUAGAGCUUUCUUGUAAUAUCAUCCGCCUAUUGCAAAACGUACGUAACUACGACUGUAAGAGAAGUUAAUGAGAACUGAUCUUGCGUGAAUGAGUACCAUUAAGGAUGUAGGAUUAGACAGUUGUCAUAUGUGAUAAUUUUUUGCAAUUCUAUGAUACGUAAAAAAUUAUUCCUCGAAAUAAUUUUUCCGCGAAGUGUUUAUGUAACUAUAAAUCUAACCGAAGAAUUGUCUGGAAUAAUUUUUCUGUGAAGUGUUUAUAUAUGUAUACCUGAGUUUAAGUCUACCAGAAAAAUUGUCUUUUUGUAAACAUUUAUAUAACAUAAAUUACAUUACUUUCUUCCUUCAUCUAUUCAUCUAAAAUCAAUAAAAGAAAGGUAUAAUAUAUUAAUAUAUAACAUAAAAGGAUACUCCACUUCUAUGGCUAUAGCUGUGUAAAUACAUUUAAAUUGUCAUAGUUGCUAUGAGCUACUAUAAGGCAGCUCCGUAUAUCGUUUACUUUAAUUUCAUAAUGCAUUUUAUGUAAAAAAAAAAAUGAAACAAUUUAUACAAUAAGCAUUAUGCAUGUGACAAAAUUAAAACUUGUUUUCAGUGAAGUUCGGAACAAUAGAUUUUAGGUUUUUUUUCUGUAUCUAUGUGUAUUUAUGUACAUUAUUGUGAUAAAUGACUGAACAUUUAUCUUAUUCAUUAUGCUAUAUUCCGCGUGAUGAUUGAAAAUUGUAUUCGACAGAAAUUAUAUGUAAGCUGUAUUCCUUGAACGAUGUAUGUAAUAUAUAAAAGUAAAGGACAAGACAAAAUUA